GACUGCAAUUUGCAAUUUGUUUUUAAAUACCUGCAAUUUGCAAAAUACAAAAUUUAAAUGACGGUAAUUGACAAUUUUUUCCUAAAAACCCAAAAAUGUUAAUUUAAUAAACAUGAGUAGUAGUUACAAUUACAAUUCCAUUAAAUAUCCUUGAGGAUUAAGAGUACUAAAAUUUAAGCUAGCACAUAAAAUAAAAACGAAAAAAAUAACCUAAUUAAUGUCUACACGGACUAUAAAUAGUCAAGAUAAGGUUGGUAAUUAAAGCAAGCCUAUCUCUACCCUCUUCAGUCUUAAAAUCUCUACCAUUAUUGAACAACAAAACAAUGGAAGCUCUACCAAAAAUUUCAGUUCUAGUUUGUUGUAUCUUCUUUUUAUUUCUAAAACCUUCACAAUCUGCUACACUUUGUAAUCCAAAUGACCUAAAAGUCCUCUUACAAAUGAAGAACUACUUCCACAAUGGACCAACCUUCUCAGAAUGGAACCCCAAAACAGACUGCUGUAACUGGAACGACAUAAAAAGGAAUUACAUAAUCAGUAGUCUAAAUAAAGUCACAAAGACUGAUGUAAACGUGGUUGAGCCUCAGAAACAAGCUAACUGGUACAAUUCCGGAGAGCUUUGGAUCAUUCAAGAGUGCUCUAACUCUCCAAGUGUGGGGCAACAAAUAAUCAGGAACCAUUCCACGGUCGUUAGGCCACGCAAAUUUGACAAUCUUAGAAGUAUUUGGCCAGUUGCCCUUACAGUUCAUUGAUGUGAGCUACAACA